CGGUUCGGUUUGUUGCCAUUAACGAAUGAAACACGUGGUGACCUGUCGUACUCCGGCGUCCAACUUUGUUGUUUUUAACCCCUUCCGUCGUCAUUGAAUGGGUAUAAAUAGGACGAAGCGGCGUAGCUCAGCAAAUCAGUCGCCACCAACGAGCUGGUACACGAGUCCAAUACAGAAAGGUCUUGUCCUUGUUUCGUUGUAUCUCCUCUGCCAAUAUGAAGUUCUUCAUUGUCAGUGCUAUGCUCGCCCUCGUGGCUUGCACGACCUUCGCCGAAGAAGCUGCCAAGAAGGACGAGAAGAAGGAAGAUAAGAAAGACGUGGAGGGACGCGGAGGCGUCCUGGGAGGCCUGGGUGGUUACGGCGCUGGAGUCGGUCCCGGUCUCGUGGGCACUGGACUUGGAGGACCUGGCCUUGUCGGUGGCGGAGUCGUUGGCAACCCUGGCCUUGUCGGAGCCGGACUUGGACAUGGCGUCGGCUUAGGUCAUGGAGUUGGCGGCGGCUUCCAGUCGGGGUACGGUUCUGCUGCCGGAGGACACCAGGCAGGCUUCCAGAAGGGCGCCGCAGGACACAACCAGGGAUCUGGUGCCUUCGCUGGCGGUUCUUCUCACAGGAACGUGAAUGCCUACAGCAACAACCAGGGCUACAACCACAACUCGGGCUUCUCCGCCAGUGACAGCAAGAGCUUCGGCACUGGCCACCAGCAAGGUUCCUCCGGUUUCCAGGGCGGCGCCGCUGGUCACCAGGCCGGAUUUGGACAAUCCUCUUUCGGAAAGGCGGCGGGAGUUGGCCACGCUGGUGUCGGUCUCCAUGGCUAAAUAUAACAUUAUUUAUUAGGAAGAAGGUCAUAACAAUGUCGUCGUUGAUUCACAUUACGGGCGCACGCAGAAGCGAAUAUGCUGUUAGUAAUGGUUCGUUUUAAUCGACAACACUCUGUCUUAAGAAAACCUGAGCACACAGCAGUUGAUACGUUUGUUCAUGUUUCAUUAUUUUGCAGCUAUGUCAUCCAAAGAAUGAAUA